ACAGCACUGAAAGCUGAAAAUUGGCCUGGGCAGGAAGGGGGUGAAAGUGUCCGGUAUUGAAAUAUAUAUAUAUAUAUAUAUAUAUAUAUAUAUAUAUAUAUAUAUAUAUCAAGGGCGGACUGACAACUCAUGGGGCCCCUGGGCAAUAAGGAAUCAUGGGGCCCCUGUGUCCUUGCCCACACUCAAAGCACACCCAAAAAAGCCUAUGAAAGGUACCAGGGGCAUCUCAUGGGGCCGCCUACUGACCCUGGGCCGUCGGGCAGUGCCCGAGUUUCCAAA